GCCGGCCGCGCCGCCCCUUCCGGCCCGCCCGAGGCCGCCAUGCAGGGUGCGCCGCGCCUCGCCUUCGGGGUCGUCGCUGACAUCCAGUUCGCGGACGCGGAGGACGGGUACAAUUUCGGCGGCUGCCGGCGGCGCUACUACCGGCACAGCCUGCGCUUGCUGCGGGAGGCGGUGCGGGAGUGGGCGGGCGAGAGCCCGCCGAUAGACUUGGUGCUGCAGCUGGGCGACAGCAUCGACGGGCAGAACGCCCGGCGCGGCGAGGCCGAGAGCGCCUUGCAGCAGGUGCUGGAGGUCCUGGGGCAGCUCUCGGUGCCGGUGCACCACGCGUGGGGCAACCACGAGCUCUACAACUUCAGCCGGGCCCGGCUGGUGCACACCGGGCUGUACAGCCGGCCCGCGGGGGGCUCGGACGGGCCCCCGGACAGGGAGUGCCACGCGUAUCACUGCAGCCCGGCCCCGCGGCUCCGCCUGGUCGUGCUCGACAGCUACGACGCGAGCACCCUGGGCACGGACCCCGGCAGCCCCCGCUACCAGGAAUCCCUGCGGCUGCUGCGGGAGAAGAACCCCAACGAGGAUCUCAACAGCCCCGAAGGGCUCAAAGAACCUUAUUUUGUAGCAUUUAAUGGAGGAUUUAGCCAAGCCCAGCUGGACUGGUUUGAUGGAGUCCUCAAGUUCUCUGAUGAAAACCAGGAAAAAGUUAUAGUUAUGGCCCACGUGCCCAUCCAUCCCUGUGCUUCCAACGGGGUUUGCCUGGCCUGGAAUUACGAGGCUGCCCUGUCAGUGAUACACGCACACGGGUGUGUGGUCUGUGUCCUCGCUGGGCACCUGCACGACGGCGCCUACUGCCUGGACUCUCACGGAGUUCAUCACCUCACCCUGGAGGGGCUCAUCGAGACGCCCCCCGACAGCAACGCUUUCGGAACUGUUCAUGUCUAUGAAGAUAAAAUGGUACUAAAGGGAAGGGGCAGAAUUCCUGACAGAGUUAUGCAGUUCUGAAAUACCGGGCAAAUAUCGAUUGUUCUUCUUCAGGAAGGACUUGGACAAAAAUGUAGGAGAUUCAGCUGUUUGCUUUUAGAAAGCUGUGCGUGGCUGAUCCUUAUUGCUUUAGCUCAGGCGUUUUUCUCUUGGAUACAGAAUUUUAGAAAUUGUGUUUCUGUAAGAGAGCACCUGACUUCUUUUUGGAGAAUAGAGAAGGCCAGUAAUUUAAAGAAAUAUACUGGAAUGGAGAAUGUUCAUUUCAAACACCCAGUCCAGACUGGAUUGCUGCUGUGAAAAGAUGCAAAACAUAUAAAGAAUAUUGCUCAAAAAAAGCCCUAAUGCUGUUCUCUCAGUGAGCAAUAAAGCAUGCAGAGUUGUACCUGCCCAGCCACAUCUCUAUUUAUUUAUUUUCUGUGAACAUUACGGUAGGGUCUCAUGUUUGGCAGAAUAUAUCCAGCCUGUAGCCUAAAUCAGUCUUCCAACUUUGCUUUAAAAGACUAAAGUAAUCCUCAGAGAAGGCUGAGCCUAAGGAGACCAUCUGUGCUGUACCAUGGAAUGCUGCAGAUGCUCAGGCUGUGCUGUGUGUGCACAGCUGGGAUCACCUGCAGCAGGGCUGAGAGUGAGCUCUGACACCCAUGUAAGUAAAGGUGUUGUGUGUUACACCUGGAGCUGUCCUGGCUCUGUCCCAGCCAGCUCCUGAGUCCAGUGCAUCCACCUUCCUUCUCCAGGAUGAAUAGUGGGACAUGCUUGCUGCUGCAGGGCUACUGUGUGGGUCCUGCUUUCCAAGAAAAAUUAGGUGAGCAGCAGAGUUGUGACAGUGCCCACAUCUGCUGGUGACAGGCUUGAAUGUG